AUGACCAAUUUUUCACUUGAUGUGGAGCUAGAAACCAUUAAUCUCAAUGAUGAUCCUAAUGUCCAGCGACCAACUUCAGUUAAUGCAACUUUACCACCGUUGGAAAAAGUUAAACUCAUUUCAUUAUUAAAGGAGUACAUUGAUGUCUUCGCUUGGGAGUACCAUGAGAUGCUCGGUUUGGAUCCUAACCUAGUAGCACAUGCUCUUAAUGUAGAACCAAGGGCAAAACCACUACAACAACUUUUGACCAGAUUGCCAACCGUAUGUACACCCAUACCAAGAAAACCACUCAAGCUGUACUUGGCUACCAACAACGAAGCAAUUGGGGCACUCAUAGCCCAAGAUGAUCAAGAAGGGAUUGUGCAACCUGUUUACUAUAUCAGCAAAAAGCUAGAAAAUGCUGAAACUCGCUACCCAAUGGCUGAAAGGGCUUGUCUUGCCCUAAUAUAUGCUACCCAAUGGUUGAGUCACUAUUUGUUAGCUCACACGGUACAGCUCUUAACAAAAUCUUAUGCAAUCCACUCACUCUUGAGGUGCCCAAGUCUGUUUGGAAGGUUGGCACAAUGGCUUUUGCAAUUAUUUGAAUUUGAGAUCAUCACAUUCACCCCAAUAGCCGUAAGGGGUCAAGCUAUUGCUGAUUUGUUGUCAAAUUUUCCUGUAGAAGACAGUUGGAGCAUUACUGAUAAUGUACCUGGCGAGCUACUAGAAAUUGAUCUGAUGGAAAUAGUUAGUUUCGAAGGAGGAGCUGGAAUAAUUCUAUCCAAGAACACCGGAGAAGUAGUGGCUAUGUCAUUCAAGCUUGAUUUUCCAUGCACCAACAAUAUGGCUGAAUAUGAAGCAUAUCUUAUGGGCCUAGCAGUAGCUCGUGAAACAGGUACCAAGAACCUUCGAGUAAUCGGAGACUCAAAUCUAGUUGUUUGUCAAGCCAAAGGAGAUUUUGCACUCAAUGAACCAUCUUUAGCUCCAUAUAGAGCUAUGGCUCAAAGGUUGGAUGACUAUUUUGAAGAAUUCAACAUUGAACACUCUCUAAGGUUCGACAAUCGCUUUGCCGAUGCUCUAGCUACCUUGGGAUCAAAAGUCAGUUUUAAGGGUGCAACCACAUAUAUCACUGUUGUGAAAAGGCCCAUUCCAGUCAUACAAAUGCUGAAAGAAGAAUUCUUUGAUCAACCACUGGAACAGACAAAUUGGUGGUCAUCCCUUAAAGAAGCAUUAUUAUCACCCGAUAAGAAAGAUCAUUUGAAAGUACUCAAAGAUUACACUUUGAUGGCAGGAGAGCUCUACAAAAAGCUUCCUAGAGGAGUUAUAGCUAGAUGCUUGAGCCUUGAUGAGUCCACUAAGCGAUUAAAAGAAGUUCAUUAA